UCUUUCUUCUUUCUUCUUUUUUUUUUUUAAAAAAAAAAACAUUUUUAGGUUGGGAAUGUGUUUUACCCUUGUUCCUUCGUGGUUUUGGAUUCUCCUAAUAUGGAUUUCCUUUUUGGGCUGGAUAUGCUUCGUAAGCACCAGUGCAUAAUUGAUUUGAAGGAGAAUGUCUUGAGAGUUGGUGGAGGAGAGGUUUCAGUACCCUUUUUGCAAGAAAAAGACAUUCCAACUAAUUUUCUGGAUGAAGUUGCAAAGCAAGCCUCAAGCUCUGGAGCACAGGCUACAUCUGGAACAAGAGAGAAUAGCAGAACACAAACUGAGGGUAGUGCGCCUAACCGGUCACAGGGACCUGAAUUUGAAGCCAAAGUUACAAGACUGAUUGAGCUAGGGUUUGGAAGAGAGGCAGUCGUACAAGCUCUAAAAUUUUUUGAUGGUAAUGAAGACCAGGCUGCUGGGUAUCUCUUUGGGGCCUAAAGGUGGUUUUUGUCUUUGUGAGUUUUGUGGACCAAAACUGGUUUCCACAGCGAACUUUUUGAUAAAAAAAAAGAGAGAAAAAAAACAUUUGUGUCUCUCUCUCAACAUUCAUUGGGCCUGUGAUAGUACCUGCUUACGAAGUGUUGUAUUUUGAAUGUGAAUUAAUUUAUAUUUAAGAUUUUUGAGAGCCUA